UUGUUUUAAAUGUUGUCAGCACUGCUAGCGAACACGAACGCUCCUUUUUGACAGUUCGCUCUCAGUGAAUGGAAUUUGCAAAUAAUUUUUUUAAGAAAAAGUGAUAAAAACCACCAUAAAAUGAGACCUUUAAUGCUUCAGGGACAUGAACGUUCCAUUACCCAAAUCAAAUAUAACCGUGAGGGCGAUUUGUUGUUCUCAUGCUCAAAAGAUCAAAAACCCAAUGUUUGGUGGUCAAUUAAUGGUGAACGUCUGGGCACUUAUGAUGGUCAUCAAGGUGCCGUGUGGUGUUUGGAUGUGGAUUGGACUACUUCGAAAUUAAUAACUGGUUCAGGUGAUAUGACAACAAAAAUUUGGGAUGUUGAACAUGGUACAGUUACUGCUUCUUUGCCUGCAAAGUCUUCUGUUCGUACCUGUAACUUCAGUUAUUCGGGCAACCAAGCUGCAUACUCCACAGAUAAGGCUAUGGGUCAAAACUCCGAGCUUUUUAUUAUAGAUGUGCGCACAGCCGACUCUAGCUUAUCUGAGCAAACCCCUAUUUUACGGAUACCCAUGUUGCAAUCUAAAAUCACUUCUAUGUUGUGGGGUCCUUUAGAUGAAACUAUUAUAACUGGUCAUGAUAAUGGUCAGAUUUCUAUCUGGGAUAUUCGCAAAGGCCGUGAAAUGAAUUCCGUAAAUGAUCAUACCGCUGGCAUCAACGACAUGCAAAUGUAUAAGGAUGGAACCAUGUUCGUCACCGCCUCCAAGGACACAUCUGCAAAGUUAUUUGAUUCUGAAUCGUUGAUGUGCCUCAAGACUUACAAGACUGAACGUCCUGUGAAUUCUGCGGCUAUAAGUCCUAUUUUAGAUCACGUUGUUUUGGGUGGUGGUCAAGAUGCUAUGGAAGUAACCACUACAUCAACAAAGGCCGGUAAAUUUGAUUCUCGUUUCUUCCAUUUGAUAUACGAAGAAGAGUUUGCUCGUCUUAAGGGUCAUUUCGGUCCUAUUAACAGUUUGGCUUUCCAUCCAGAUGGUAAAAGUUACGCUUCUGGAGGUGAAGAUGGUUUUGUGCGUGUAAAUACAUUCGAUAGUACAUAUUAUGAACCUCUAUUUUAAGUAGACCGUCUAUUGGCGUAAUUUUUUUACUAUUUGUCAAACCCAGAAGAGUACCACAAUUUAUCCAUAAUUUAUAUAUAAAAACAGUAAUAGUUCAAUCUUCAUCUUGUUAAAAAGCCAGAAAAAAAGCAUUAAACUGACUGGCUACUUUGCAAACAUGAGCAAUAUGUUUGCGAAUAAAAUCAAUAAUCAAAUAUAUGCAAGAACUCGAAGAAAAGUAA